UUUGUUGUGUUUCUCUUUCGUUCCGCUGUCCGUCUCUCCUCAGCUGCAUUGCUUGCUUCUGUUUGCUCGUUGUAUGUUCUUGUGUAUGUGUCUCUCUCUGCAUCCUUUCGGAGCCCCAAUUCUCCGAAUUUGAGAGCUGGAUUUUGGGUUUGGGUGGAAUGUUAUGAGUUUUGGAGCGUCCUGCAGAGAUUAAUGGCGGAACCGGGGAGGAGAUUCGGAGUCGGUUACGCGCUGGCGCCGAAGAAGCAGGAGAGCUUCAUUCAAGAUUCGUUGGUGAAUCUAGCGAGGGAGCGUGGGAUCGAUCUCAUUCGGAUCGACACGGAGAAGCCGCUGGUGGAUCAAGGGCCGUUUGAUUGCCUGCUGCACAAGCUGCGCGGCGAGGAUUGGAAGAGGAAGGUGGAGGAGUACGCCGCGGAGAACCCUAGUGUGCUGAUAAUCGAUUCACCGGAUGCGAUUGAGCGGCUGCACAACCGGAUUUCGAUGCUCGAGGUGGUGACGGAGUUGGAGAUUGAGACUGAGAAUGAGAGUUUCGGGAUUCCGAAGCAGGUGUUGAUUUACGAUUCGGAAACGCUCCUCGAUCCGGGGGCGUGGGGGGAGGGGCUGAACUUUCCUGUCAUUGCGAAGCCGUUGGUUGCCGACGGCAGUGCCAAGUCGCAUAAGAUGUCGCUCGUGUUCAACCAGGACGGUUUGGAAAAGCUGAAACCGCCGAUUGUGUUGCAAGAAUUCGUGAAUCAUGGUGGGGUGAUCUUUAAGGUGUAUGUGGUUGGAGACUACGUGAAAUGCGUGAAGCGGAAGUCUUUGCCGGACGUUUCGGAGGAGAAAUUGGGUUCUUUAGAGGGUUUCUUGCCCUUCUCGCAGAUUUCAAAUCUAACCACCGAAGAAAGAAAUGAUGACGAGUACUACAAGAUGAUGAAUUUGGAAGACGCGGAAAUGCCUCCAGAGAGAUUUAUUACUGAUAUUGCUCGAGGAUUGCGGCAGGCAACGAAGCUGCAUCUUUUUAACUUUGAUGUCAUUAGGGACACUAGCAUUGGGAAUAGGUACCUUGUAAUCGACAUAAACUACUUCCCUGGAUAUGCGAAAAUGCCAUCGUAUGAGACUGUUUUAACAGACUUCUUCUGGGAUAUAUUAAACAAGGAGGAGGCAGGUCCUGAUGAUCUGCCGGCCAUUAGUUGUGAAAAAUAAUCAAGGAAGUUAAUUGGAAAUAGUGACUGCGAGGGGACUGAUGCCUCCCUUCCCGUUUCACCUCUUAGCAGGGAAGAAACUGAAAACGCCAUUCAAGUCUGAUGUUUGACAAAUGCACAUCAAGAUUUGAUCCAUAGUUUUUGCUUCUUGGUCUUUUGAUGGCAGCAGCUUCUCAAGUGCGAAGGCCCUACACUCGACUUAUAGGUUGGAUUAAGCGAUGCACAUUUCUCUUAGCUAGCAGUUAGUACAGUGAAUCAGCAUGCGAGUAAAGGGCAGUUGGGCUGUUGAGAUGCUAUAUGGACGUUUAGAAGGAAAUCUGUUUUUUGAUUACUACUGUGUGAUUGUUUCUUGAUUCUUGUGGCAGAUGAUGUAUUCACUGUUGCAGAACGGAGGGAAUUUACGACUUUUGUGAUCUCAUGCAAAGCGAAGAAGGGAAUCUUGUUUCCUGAAGUAUUUAAGAUCAUUAAUGUUUUCACAUUUUUUUUUGUUUUUGUUUUUAUAAGAAGUAUACAGUUUUUAUGAAGGGCCAACCUUUUGUGUUAUAAUACAUUUGUUUUACGAAUUA